AUGUCGAACGAUAUGACGGGCGAGCAGAUGCAGGCCAAGAUCACGGCGGCGAGAAGAGAAGCAGAAGCACUCAAAGACAGAAUCAAGCGGAAGAAGGAUGAACUGGCCGACACGAGCUUACGUCAAGUUGCGCUCCAACACACCGAACCACUGCCGCGGAUAGGAAUGAAACCUCGAAGGAACCUGAAAGGCCAUCUCGCCAAAAUUUAUGCCAUGCAUUGGUCAACAGAUCGACGGCAUCUGGUUUCUGCCUCACAGGAUGGAAAGCUGAUUAUCUGGGAUGCUUACACCACCAACAAGGUCCAUGCUAUUCCUCUUCGCUCAUCGUGGGUUAUGACCUGCGCCUACGCCCCUAGUGGUAAUUAUGUUGCAUGUGGCGGUCUUGACAACAUUUGCUCAAUUUACAAUCUUUCCACGAGGGAAGGGCCAACCCGUGUUGCUCGCGAACUCUCUGGACAUUCUGGGUAUUUGUCAUGCUGUCGCUUCGUCAACGAUCGAAAAAUCAUCACCUCCUCUGGCGAUAUGACGUGUAUGUUAUGGGAUAUUGAGACAGGAUCCAAAGUCACCGAGUUUGCAGACCACCUGGGCGACGUCAUGAGCAUCAGCAUAAAUCCGACCAACGCCAAUGUGUUUGUCUCUGGAGCCUGCGAUGCUUUUGCGAAACUAUGGGACGUGCGCACUGGAAAAGCAGUGCAAACAUUCGCAGGCCACGAGUCUGAUAUCAAUGCCAUCCAAUUCUUCCCAGACGGAAACGCCUUCGGCACUGGGUCUGACGAUGCCUCCUGCAGACUAUUUGAUAUCAGAGCAGAUCGGGAGUUGAUGGCUUAUCAGAAUGAACAAGUACUCUGCGGCAUCACUUCUGUUGCCUUUUCGGUUUCUGGCCGACUUCUUUUCGCGGGCUAUGAUGAUUUUGAAUGCAAGGUUUGGGACACUCUCCGCGGUGACAAAGUGGGCUCCCUUAGUGGCCAUGAGAACCGAGUCAGCUGUCUUGGUGUUAGCAAUGAUGGCAUCAGUUUAUGUACCGGAUCAUGGGACUCUCUACUCAAAAUCUGGGCAUGGUAA